AUAAAGAGCCGCAGUGGCAAAUUCAAUCAGAUCAACUGCGGGCAUCCUCCGACAGACAGAAGUAGGGACGCUUUUUAUCGGGACUGUUUAAGGGCUGCUUGAUUUCCAGAAGAAGAUUAAAAAACAAAGGCUUCUGCACUCUGCACUAUGAAGGAAAGGAGGAACACACAGCCGCUGGUGGUGAGGUGUAAACUGGUUCUUGUUGGAGACGUUCAAUGCGGAAAAACGGCAAUGCUGCAAGUCUUGGCCAAGGAUUGUUACCCAGAGACCUAUGUGCCCACCGUGUUUGAAAACUACACAGCCUGCCUGGAGCUGGAAGAUCAGCGAGUGGAGCUCAGCCUGUGGGACACCUCAGGUUCUCCAUACUACGAUAAUGUGAGGCCCCUCUGCUACAGCGACUCUGAUGCAGUCUUGUUGUGUUUUGACAUCAGUCGCCCGGACACAGUGGACAGCAGUCUCAAAAAGUGGAAAACGGAAAUCCUGGAUUUCUGUCCGAGUACACGCAUCCUGAUCAUCGGUUGCAAGACGGACCUUCGCACGGAUGUCUGCACGCUGAUGGAGCUGUCCAAUCAGAAGCAGAGUCCUAUCACUUAUGAGCAGGGUUCUGCUUUGGCCAAGCAGCUGGGUGCAGAAGCUUACUUGGAGUGCUCAGCGUUUACUUCGGAGAAAAGCAUCCACAGUGUGUUCCGCACCUCGGCAAUGGCCUGCCUGAACAAGCUGCAGCCUCUCCCAAAGCCAAGCCCCACUCGUCGUCUCUCCAAAAGACUUCUCCACCUGCCCAGCAAGUCAGAUUUGCUCUCCUCCAGCUUUAAGAAGGAGAAGACCAAGAGCUGCUCAGUUAUGUGAGUGGAGAGGGUGACAGGCCUCACAUGCGACUCCCAACCCCAGCCUCUUUGGUUUUGGGGAAGGGGGGUGAGCAUGAUGGUUUUAUCAGGGUUACCUGCUGAAUCCUUCCCUCACCCCCCAGAAACCAAAAGCCCCUCAGAAGAGGUGGACACUCUGCUGUCUACUUUCUCCUGAACCUUUCAGCGCACAUCCAUGUUUUCUUCACUUUCAACUUGCUUUUUUAUCAAUCCAAAUUUAACCAUUGAGCUUUUUUUCAACUGUAACCAGUAUGCAAUGGUAUUUACAUUUCUUUCAUUUCAAUAUCUAUUGGCACGUGUUGAUUUUGUUCGAUAUGAAAAUGUGCAAUCUGUGACGUUUUAAUCUUGUGAUGUAAAAGCCUCUCAGAUGACUCAAUGGUUAUUUUUCUAUCUACAUUAAUAAACUUAGCAUGAAACCACCAGUAAACUAACAAAAUAUUGCACAUCCCUCAAGAAUGGUAUGGGAGGUAUAAAAUGGUACGUCACAGGUUUCUCCCUCUGAUAAAAACAGAGAGAUGCACAGGGAAUACAGGGACAAACCUCAAGAGAGAGCUUCUACAUAGAUUAGCUCUGGCUGCGCUGGCAGUGACGAGAGCAGGAAAAAGGGCAGUGGGAACAGGCUCCUGCACAGGCAGCAGUGUAGCCUACAUCAGCCGGCAUCAGUGGUUGUUGAUGCGUGGUCAUGUAGCAGCAGACAGGGCAGCUCCACAGGCUUUGAAGGGAAGGAGGCUCAAGAAUCAUCAUGAAGCGACAAAAUGGAGGUAGAACUAGACUCAAAUUGUUUCUGCCAAUAAAAACACAUAUUUUUAUGGACAGAAACAGUUGUUUCUUGUGGGACAAAAAGAUAGCUCUUUAAGCUGCACAACUGGUGAGUGUUAUUUAUGAAGGUUCUAGUAUGAAAAGGCAUAAACGAGUGUAAAGUUACUCUGGCCUGAGACAGACUGAUAAUGUGAAAAAAUCUAGUAUGCUCUUUUAAAUGUUCUUUGAUAAAGAUUUGUAGCAUUGCAGUAUUUCUCAUAUAUUUGCUGAGGAACAAAAUGCCUUUUUUUCAAUCUUCCCUAAAGUUAGAAGAUUUUGAGAUCUGCAUGUCUGUGGAUUUCUUACAUUUGCUUCUGCCUAAUGUAGCAAUCCCAAAGUAAUAUGAUUAUUCCAGGAAAACUUGUAUAUCUUGCACAAACGUAUCAAACUAUCGACCUCCAAUGCGUAGUUCUUACUAAAGUGUCUACAGAGCAAAGAUCAGAUGCUGUUUUUAUCUUAAAUCUUUGGCUUCAUGGUUAUUUUUGUGUGCAGUCUUUGUGUAUGCGCUUUUAACCAUAAAGCAAUAAGGAUUUAAGUGCUUGUGAUGCCAGGUGACUUGUGUCGCAAUAAAGGUGCAGCUUUGUGAUUAAUGUCCCGCUACAAGUGCUCCAUGGAUAAACUGGCAUCCCCUCUGUUCUACAAAAGGCUCUUGGUCCCUUCGUCAACCUUCUUCUGCGUAGUCUGGUAUUCGGAAUGACUCCAUGAUAAGGCUGUGCCCUGAAACAUAAUAUCGAAAUAAAUGUGAAUUUGCCUCUUUCAGCUAAAGAUUUUACACUUAUUUCUGUAUUAAACAAUAGUUAGGCAGUAGGAUAUAAAAACAAAUAUUAGGUACCAAAUUGAAAAUGUGCUUUAAAAGUCGAAAUAUGAAUAAUUAAGGGCUGUCGUGAGGAAUAAAAUAAAAAACUGUGCGUAAGGAGAAAACAUAAUCAAACUGCACAGGCUGGCCCUGUCUAAAGAAAGCUAUUUUUCCAUUCCUCUUUUUUGUGCAUUAUUUUUGUAUGCCAGAAGGAUUUAUGUCUGUUCCCAUGUUAUGUUGGAAAUAUCCUACUGAUAUAGGUGUUGUUUUGUGACAGAGCUGUGGACUGCCCCCCACUACUCUAAGGAACUUAAAAGUGAUGAUUUGCACAAAGGCUUCCAGGUCAUGUUAACAUAGGAAUUCCCCCAGCAUUGCAUAGCAACAAUCCCGUGCAGAGAACAAACUCCCGCACUCGAUUAGCUAUGUGGACAGAGAGGUUUAAGCUUGCAAGCAGAAUUUCCCACAUACAUUAAUACAACAUCAUUUAUGCUUUUAUUGCCAAACAUGUUUUUAUUUUGUUUUUAAUGUUCCUCUUUAAUUUCGAGUGCUGAUGCCAAGCCUUUAGAGGAUGGGUUGCUCAGGCGACUCAGUGAAAAUGUCAGUUAUUAUGCAGCCUUUGUGUCAUAGUCAGUGUAAAAUGGUGCAAACUCCUAAGCAUGUCCUAUUAAAAUUGUAUGAUCGUAGAUACUGUCUCUUGUUUUAUGAGUAAGCCUCACGUCUAUAGAUAAACAUCUUUGAAGAAGUCCUGAUCCUUAAGGAUUUCACAUAAAAAAUAUUGUUGCUGACGCGAAUAUUUAUCAGGUGGGUUAUAAUUUGUCUGUUGCUUUAUUUUUUUGGCCACAUGUAAAUUUGUUUAUACUUUACUUUAAAAAUUAAAAAUUUUUGUUAUCUUUUAUCUUCCGCCUGUGUCAAAUAAAGCUUGCCCUCUGCAGCACUCUAAGAUU